CGGGAAGGAGCGGGUUCCCGAUGCUGAGGGUCAGUGUGUGACGGGUGCGCGCGGCAGGGUCAGCGGGGAGGAGGAGGCGGUGACUGAGUGACGGGAGCCUGGGGGCUGCGGGCACCGACGAGGCCGGCCAGGAGGCCGAGUUAUUGAGUUUUGUGGUUUCUCCGCUCUGAGCCAAAGCUUCAGUUCAUAGCGAUCUGCAGGCAAGUCCAGAUGUGAACGGCAGAGGGCCGUGCCAACGUCUCGUGUACCCUCAGUGCCAAGUAAGAUAUUUCCAGACUUUCCCUCUCUACGGAAUAUGACAGACACUUAGCAUCCAGCAAGAGCAUGGCUGCGGCUUACCUGGACCCCAACCUAAACCACACGCCAAGUUCAAACGCAAAGUCUCGCCUGAGCGCUGGAAUGGAGCGGUCCCCGGGAACCAUUGAAAGACUCUUAAAAGUCUUCCAUUACUUUGAAACCAACAGUGAACCUGCAACGUGGGCCAGCAACAUCCGGCACGGGGACGCCACUGAUGUCAGGGGAAUAAUCCAGAAGAUUGUGGACAGUCACAAAGUCAAAUGCGUCUCCUCGUAUGGAUUACGUCUCAGUCACCUGCGCUCCGAGGAGGUUCACUGGCUGCACCCGGAUAUAGGGGUGUCUCAUGUUAGAGAGAAAUACGAACAGUCCCAUCCACCAGAAGAAUGGAAGUACGAGCUGAGAAUUCGAUAUUUACCCAAAGGUUUCCUGAACCAGUUCACGGAGGACAAGCCUACCCUAAAUUUCUUCUACCAACAGGUGAAAAAUGACUACAUGUCGGAGAUGGCGGACCAAGUGGACCAGGAAAUUGCCUUAAAGCUCGGCUGUCUUGAAAUCCGGCGGUCGUACGCUGAGAUGAGAGGCAACGCCCUGGAAAAGAAGUCAAACUAUGAAGUUUUAGAGAAAGACGUCGGCCUGAAAAGGUUCUUCCCCAAGAGUUUGCUGGAUUCUGUUAAGGCUAAAACAUUAAGGAAGCUGAUCCAGCAGACGUUCCGCCAAUUUGCUAACCUCAACAGGGAAGAAAGUAUCUUGAAGUUCUUUGAAAUCCUUUCUCCGGUCUAUCGAUAUGACAAGGAAUGCUUCAAGUGCGCCCUGGGAUCCAGUUGGGUUAUAUCUGUGGAGCUGGCGAUUGGCCCCGAGGAGGGAAUCAGUUAUCUUACAGAUAAAGGAUCUAAUCCGACCCAUCUCACAGAUUUUACUCAGGUGCAAACAAUCCAGUAUUCAAGCAGCGAAGACAAGGACAGGAAAGGGAUGUUACAGCUAAGAAUUUCUGGAGCACCCGAGCCUCUCACUGUGACAGCCCCAUCCCUCACCAUUGCGGAGAACAUGGCCGACUUAAUAGAUGGAUACUGUCGUCUUGUCCAUGGAGCCUCUGAGUCCUUCAUCAUCCGGCCACAGAAAGACUCUCCUAUUCCCGGAGGAAUCAAUGGUCCUCUUCAUCCUGAGCUUCCAGGUUCAGAAGGAGAACGAGCUUUGCCAUCUAUACCAAAGCUAGCCAACAACGAGAAGCACGGCGUCCGAGCGCACCCCGUCUCCGUCUCAGAGGAGUUUAGUGGGGACGAAACCGAUGACUAUGCAGAGAUUAUAGAUGAAGAGGAUACGUACACAAUGCCUUCCAAAAGCUAUGGAUUAGAUGAAGCGGGCGACUACGAGAUCCAGAGGGAUCGGAUCGAGCUUGGACGAUGUAUAGGGGAAGGACAGUUUGGAGACGUCCACCAGGGGGUCUACAUGAGCCCGGAGAAUCCAGCCAUGGCGGUCGCCAUCAAAACCUGUAAGAACUGCACAUCCGACAGUGUGAGGGAGAAGUUCUUACAAGAGGCCUUAACAAUGCGCCAGUUCGAUCAUCCGCAUAUUGUGAAGUUAAUUGGGGUAAUCACAGAGAACCCAGUGUGGAUAAUCAUGGAACUGUGUACCCUGGGGGAGCUGCGAUCAUUCUUACAAGUCCGAAAAUACAACCUGGACCUGGCAGCGCUGAUCCUCUACGCCUACCAGCUCAGCACAGCACUGGCCUACCUGGAGAGCAAGCGCUUUGUACAUAGGGAUAUCGCAGCUAGGAAUGUGUUGGUCUCUUCUUCUGACUGUGUCAAAUUAGGAGAUUUUGGUCUUUCCCGGUAUAUGGAGGACAGUACUUAUUAUAAAGCUUCCAAAGGUAAACUGCCUAUCAAAUGGAUGGCUCCCGAGUCCAUAAACUUCCGGCGCUUUACCUCAGCGAGUGACGUGUGGAUGUUUGGUGUUUGUAUGUGGGAGAUCUUAAUGUACGGAGUGAAGCCUUUCCAGGGUGUGAAGAAUAAUGAUGUGAUUGGCAGGAUAGAGAAUGGUGAACGCCUGCCCAUGCCACCCAACUGCCCCCCAACACUCUAUAGCCUUAUGACAAAAUGCUGGGCGUAUGAUCCUAGCAGGAGGCCGCGGUUUACGGAGCUCAAAGCACAACUAAGUACGAUACUAGAGGAGGAAAAACUACAGCAAGAGGAGCGGAUGAGGAUGGAGUCCAGGAGGCAGGUGACUGUGUCGUGGGAUUCAGGGGGCUCCGAUGAGGCUCCACCAAAGCCCAGCAGACCCGGAUAUCCGAGCCCAAGGUCCAGCGAAGGUUUCUUCCCCAGUCCCCAGCACAUGGUGCAGCCAAACCACUACCAGGUGUCUGGUUAUCCUGUUACCCACAGAAUCCCCUCAAUAGCGGGAAAUAUCUACCCCGGCCAGGCCACAGUCUUAGACCAUCACGACUCUUGGAACCAUCGGACACAAGACAUCAACAUGUGGCAGGCUAAUAUGGAGGACACGGGACCUUUGGACAUGAGGUGUUUGGGGCAGGUUCUACCAACACAUUUAAUGGAGGAACAUCUAAUAAGACAACAGCAAGAGAUGGAGGAAGAUCAGCGCUGGCUGGAGAAAGAAGAGCGAUUCCUGAAGCCUGACGUCCGGCUUUCCCGAGGCAGCAUAGACCAUGUGGAAGGGAGCAUCCAGUGUCCGGCUGGCAACCAGCACAUCUAUCAGCCUGUUGGAAAGCCAGAACACUCUGCUCCACCAAAGAAACCCCCUCGGCCGGGAGCUCCCAGUCACCUCAGUAACCUGGCUGGGCUGAACAGUACAGGGGACAGCUACAACGAGGGGUUAAAGAUUCAACCACAGGAAAUCAGUCCACCCCCGACGGCCAACCUGGAUCGCACAAACGACAAGGUGUACGAGAACGUGACCGGUUUGGUAAAAGCUGUGAUUGAAAUGUCCAGUAGGAUCCAGCCGGCCCCUCCGGAGGAGUAUGUCCCCAUGGUGAAGGGGGUCGGUUUAGCCUUGAGGACUUUAUUAGCAACUGUUGACGAGACCAUUCCUGUUCUUCCAGCCAGCACCCACCGAGAGAUUGAAAUGGCGCAGAAGUUGUUGAAUUCUGACCUGGCGGAGCUUAUCAACAAGAUGAAGUUGGCGCAGCAGUACGUGAUGACCAGUCUCCAGCAGGAGUACAAAAAGCAGAUGCUGACCGCCGCACAUGCACUGGCCGUGGACGCCAAGAACUUGCUAGACGUCAUUGACCAAGCCCGGCUCAAGAUGAUCGGACAGUCGAGGCCGCACUAAAAAUGGCCGCAACCCAGACUCUUGAUCUAUUCCUGUCGGUUUUCCUUUUGGGAUUACAUGUAGCCUUCCACCAGCGAUUCUGGUCAUCAGCGGGCAGCCUCCCCCUCCAGUGCUGAUCCUGGGCAGCUGGUGCCACCUGAAGUUUUAUCCUUCCACCCCCUACAGCCCCCCCAAAAAAAGUCAGUGUGAUGCGGCUCGCCUGAACCCUGAGUGUCCGUCAUCUGGAGGAAAUAAUCGAGAUUUCUGCAAAUCUCCUGGAGGGGAAUGAGGAUCGCGGCCAGGUGCAGAGCGGCGGAGCGCGAGGUUCUGCCAUACAUAUGGGGCGGGGACCAGAGAGCACACAGCGUCCAUGUGGAUCCAUGAUGGCUGGUGCAACUGGAAUCUUUGUCGUCUUCAGUUGUUUUUGUGUUUUGUUUUUUUAUUCCUUAACGUUAAGUCGCAAUAUGCUACAAAGCUUAUAUUUUGAAGACUUAUAAACCAUAAACCUAUCGAGAGACUUUGGAUGGAUCGUUCCGGCUCAUUACGUUUUUUACUUUCCCUUUUUUUUUUUUUUUUGGGGAUGUGUGUAAUCUAUGAUUGGAAGCAAAGUGAGAAUUAUUUGUGUAAUUAUUCUAUUUUUAUUUUAUUUUUUCCUUAUUUUUUUUUUACAAUUUUCUUUCACACAUGGAAUAAAGUGCCAGGUUAUUGGGGGGUGGGGGGUAGUUUUUUUGUUGUUUUUUUUUUUUUAAGCCAUGUAUGAAGCACGCUGCUGAACUGACAGAACACUUGUGCUGAGAGAUUAGGAGCCAUUAUAUAUAUAUCCCAUUUUUUUAUAUUAAAUAUAUAUAAUUUAUAAAUAAAUCUUACGGCCGUGCUAACAUUUCAGAUGCUUUCAGCUCACAUCUGUUUUGCCUGUUUUUACAUUUUAUUUUUUUUUGUACGAUUUUGUUUUUUCUUCUCACAUUUUCGGGGUUCUCUCGCUUUGGGUCUUUUUUUAUUUUAUUUUUCACAUCACAACCUUAGUACCCAAAUAAAUUAUGAAACCGUUUCUAACUAUUUUCAUUUAACCUUAUUCCUCUGCCUUGGGAUUUUCGGGGGAAUAUAAAUUAUUCUCAGGAAGAAUAUAAAGACCUUGUACAGAUUCUUAGAGCUAUUACUGAGGAGCCCCGCGCUCGGCCACCGCACCUCUAUUUAUCAAUUAUUACAGCAACGUUGGACAUUUUGUGUCGGUCGGUGGCUGAGCAGAGGGGGCGCUCUACGUAUAAAGAUCAUUCUGUUAUUAAAGGAUUUGAAUAUAAAGAUGAGGUAUUAUG